CUUUUCUGCAUAAUAGUCAACUCUGCUCCUUUUCUGGGCGCUUAUAUCACCGCAGCAGUCUGCGGAGGAAGUCAUCAUACUACCUCAGCCUACAGCCGAGAGAACAUCGACAUUCUCACCCAACAAUCUCACUUCUCCGGACAGUAUAUAACGACGGGAAGCGGUUUGAAGCAGGCUUCAUUUCAGGAUUCGCUGUGCGUCUGCUGCUUCAUUUAUUUAUUUAUUUUUUCUCCACACUUUUUACCCCUGGCGGAUCUAUGAGGACACGGACAGGGCUUACAUUACCAGGCAGAAGAAAGGGCGAGUGAUUCAACCCGAUGCCAGGCCUGAGCGUCGCCGCGCCUCGUGAUGAAAACUGGGACAUGGAUCACUUUGACUGCUACCAACAUUACUUCUACGAUGACCAUGACCCCGAUGAGGAUUUCUUCAAGUCCACAGCACCCAGUGAGGACAUCUGGAAGAAAUUCGAGUUGGUGCCGACGCCCCCGUUGUCACCGAUCCGAACAGUGGAAGGCUCGAGCAGGAACGGACACCUUUACCCGUCUCUGGGGGACAGGCUGGAGAGAGAGGGACAGGACGAGGACCAGCAGGACCUGCCCUGCAAACUGACCACAACCAAUGAUUCGUUAGGGAACCUGAGCUCCAUCAUCAUCCAGGACUGCAUGUGGAGCGGCUUCUCAGUCGGGCAGAAGCGGGAUAGAGUUGUAGGGGAGCGGUUUUCUUCUUGUUCCGGGACGGGAACCGCGGCUAAAAUCCCAGCCGGAUCUAGCGUUGUGUCCCCGGGGAGAGCGCACUGUGUUCCUGCAGAUGUUCUACCCCUCAGCGCCCUGGCAGCAGACUGUGUGGACCCAGCUGCCGUACUGACUUUACCCAAAACUGUUGGCUGCAAGAAACAAGUGUCCUCUGGUUCAGAGUCCCAAACAGACUCGUCAGAUGAUGAAGAUGACAAAGACGAGGAUGAAUCGGAGAUCGACGUGGUGACGGUCGACCACAAGAAGCGGCAGCACAAACCUCGCCGACUAGUCAACGCCCGAAAGCCGGUGACCAUAACUGUGCGAGCGGAUCCCCACGACCCCAGCAUGAAACGUUUCCACAUCUCCAUCCACCAACAGCAGCAUAACUACGCCGCGCCCUCCCCGGACACCCUGACCCUGACAGCCGAGGCUCCCCGCAAGAAGGUUCGACAGGAGGCCCCCACCCAGGCAGCCCAGCCCCAGCAGCUGCGGCCUGGUCACGCCCACCUGAACUUACACAGCAGGAAGUCUCAUGUGACCAUCGCUGCAAUCAGGUCAGACACGCCUGACGUCACCGCCUCUUCUCCGACCUCUCCCGUGUCGCCUUCAUUUCCGCCCUCCUCCUCCCGUUUCCAGUACGCUCCUCAGAAGCCCCGCUCUCACCUCACAAGCCCCCAGUCCUCCGACUGCGAGGACACCGACAAACGCAAAGCUCACAACUUCCUGGAGCGCAAGAGACGGAAUGACCUGCGCUCGCGGUUCCUGUCUCUGCGAGACGAGAUCCCGGUAGCGGAAUGCCCCAAAACGCCAAAGGUGGCGAUUCUCACCCAAGCCACAGAGUACCUGCAGCAGCUGCAGGCCAACGAGAGGAUGAAGGCGGCGGAGAAGAAGCAGCUGAGAGCGAGACAGCUGCAGCUGCUGCAGAAGCUGGCGCACCUCAAAAGGUGCUGAGCUCCAGGCUCAGCGGACUGGAACUACACGAACAUGACACUAAAGUUCACUUUGAUUUGAGCGCGCUGGAAUAGUGCGGGUGGAUUAUUUUUUUUUGUCCCCCCACCCCCUUCCCUUCUUAUUUUGUGGUUUGCACAUUGGCUUCUGAGUGGUUCACGAGGUUCAUUAGACUUUAAAGGCAGCAAGCUUGGGACUGAUGUUAUGAAACCUUGGGUGUAGGUUAAUAGCCAUGUAAUGAAAACCUUGAUCUGGCAA